AUGGGCGGUCCUGCGACUGGAGGCCUGUAUAUAAAGGAGGUCCCAGAGCGGCUGAGCUGCAGAGGCAGAGGUGGCAGCAUCGUCACCAUCAGCAACAUCAGCAUCAGCAACAACAUCAUCAUCAUCAUCACAUCACUGUCACCGUCAUCAUCAUCUUUUUGGGCUGUGCGCAUCCAGGAGGUGGAGGAAGAGCCAGGGCUUAUCCAGGACGACCCCAGGGACGGCGACAUGGAGGACCCCUGGCCUGAAGCCAUCAAAGCCCCAGUGAUGGAGGAGGAGGAAGAGGCCGCCAAGCUCGGGGAGCUGCACGAGGAGGCCUGGAAGCAGAGGACGCCGAGCCCGGGGUCUGCGCAGGAGAAGACGCAGGCUGAUGUCCGCUCCGUACACGUCGGCAACGUGGACUACGGCGCCACGGCGCAGGCGCUGGAAGCCCACUUCCACGCGUGCGGCUCCGUCCUCCGCGUCUCCAUCCUCUGCGACAGGGUCACUGGCCAUCCCAGAGGGUUCGCCUACAUCGAGUUCUCAGAAGAGGAGUCGGCGCGCGCAGCUUUGGCCCUGGACGGGUCCCUGUUCCGAGGAAGACAAAUCAAGGUGGUUCCCAAACGAGCCAACAGGCGGGGCAUGAGCAAAGCAGACAGCGGUUUUCCCUGUGGCCGCUUCCGUGGCCGCUUCCGUGGCCGCUUCCGUGGCUGCUUCCGUGCCCACUUCAGUGCCCGCCACGCCCAUUACAGCCCUUCCCCAUCUCCAUUCUACAGUGCUGUGAACUGCAGGCCUGGAGGUCAAAUGUACAGGGGCCGGGCCAGUGGGAGAUCAUGGUGGUAUUCCCCUUACUGGAAGUAA